AUGUCAAGGAUUAAAAUUCUUAUAAUAAGGCGUGAAGGCAAGUCCCCAAAGUCGAGUACGAAAUUAAAAAUUUCAAAAAAAGAGCAAAAACCCAAAUCAAGGAGCACGAAAAGGUACAUCCCCAAGCUAAAACCCAAUCAGAGAGCGCGAAGUUGGAUGUGCAAGAUUUGCUUUGAAGAGUUCGCCUCGAGAAAAGACCUCUUCAACCACAGAAAGUCCAUCCACGAAGACACUGACGACAUCGUCAACAGAGAGGAAGCGCAGAAAUUCAUAUACGAUGAGGUCCAUGAUUUUUACACUUGCAAUAACUGCUCGGCAGAAUUUCAAACAAAAGAAGAGGUGGAGAAGCACUACGAGACGCACGAAGAAAAAUACCAGUGUCAGAUUUGUAACAAAACUAUCUCGGGCGCUUUGAACUUUUCUUCGCACAUGCAGCAACACAGGGAAGACAAACACUUUCCUUGUCCCUUAUGCAACCACAUAACCAGCAGAAAAUCGGCCAUGUUGAUCCACAUAGUUAGGCUACACUUCAGAAAGUACGAUUUCCAGUGCCGAUCCUGCGGGAAGUGUUUCAACGAUGCGUCUACGUUCAAAGAACAUGAAAACAUCCACUUGGGCUUAAAACCGUUCAUCUGCAUCGUCUGCAACAAGGAAUUCGUCUACUCCCGCUACCUCGUCGCCCAUCAGGUGCGAAACCACAGGGUGCGGGUUUUAGACAAAGACUCCAAGACCCAGUGCCACAUGUGCUCGAGGAUAUUCGCCAGGAACGAAACCUUAGUGAAGCACAUGCUCAACAAACACCUGACAUACCACGAGGGCCCUGCCGAGAAGAAACAUCUCUGCGACGUGUGCGGCCAGGGCUUUUCCAGGACAGACAAACUGAAAAUCCACUAUAGGAAGCACACGGGCGAGAAACCCUUCUCGUGUGUCUAUUGCAGCAAGAGCUUCAUCAAGAAAGACUACCUAAUAAUGCACGAGAGAAUCCAUAACGGGGAGAAACCUUACAUUUGCGAAGUGUGCGGGAAAAGCUUUAACCAAGGCGCCCCCCUCAGGAUCCACAUGCGGAGUCACACGGGGGAGAGGCCGUUCUUUCCGGCUCUAGAAGUGGAACUAAGCGUCGGAGACAGCUGCGACCUAACAAGCCUAUACAAGAAAGACAAAAAGAAAUCUCCCGACAAAUCCUUGCUCUUAAAAAAGAAAAUCAAAGUGGAAAUAGAUGACGACGAAUACACCCCCCCAGGGUACAAAAAGAAGAAGAGGGUGAAGAAGAUAAAACCUUUGGAGAAGAAGAUAAGGAAACAGGAGCACAAGAUUUGGACCUGCAGAAGGUGUUUAGUGGAAUUCGAGACCAGGCGCGACCUCACCGAACACACUAAAUUAUACCACGUGGAAGAACCGAAAGACCAGCACACUUUCAAGUACGACGAAGAACAGGACCAGUACACGUGCAAUACUUGUUCAGCUGAAUACCAAACGAAGGGGGAAGUAGAAGAGCAUAUUUCCAAAGUACACGAGGAGUUUUACACCUGCGAGGUAUGCAAGCAUACCUCGAAGAAGGCGUACAGCUUCGCUGUACAUAUGAAAGCUCACAGUACGGACGACUCUUACACCUGUCCGUUAUGCAGCUACAACACCCCUAGACGGACAUGUUUACAGACUCACAUCAACCGGGUGCACUACCACAAGUUCUACUAUACGUGUGCUACUUGCGGAAAAGGCUUCAACGAUUCCGUCAUCUUCAAAGAGCACAACAACGAGCAUUUGGGAAUAAAACCGUUCGUUUGCGUGGUGUGCAACAAAGAGUUCGUCUACUCGAGGUACAUGCUCAUACACCAAACGAGGUACCACACUGUCCAUAUAGAGGGUACCCUCCACAAAACCCAGUGCAGCAUCUGCCUCAAAGUGUUCAGCAAAGUCGCCACCCUUCUCAAACACAUCACCACCAAGCACAGCAACACCGGCGACGACAAACCCGAGAAGCGCCAUCUGUGCGACAUGUGCGGCAAGGGGUUCGGUACGUCAGAUAAACUGAAGAUACACUACCGAAUCCACACGGGGGACAAGCCGUUCGGCUGCAGGUACUGUGAUAAGAGAUUCACCAAGAAGGACUACUUGGUGAUGCACGAAAGGGUGCAUACGGGUGAGAAACCCUACCCCUGUGAGUACUGCGGUAAAUGUUUCAACCAGGCAGCGUCGUUAAGGAUCCACGUUCGAGGGCAUACUGGCGAAAGACCUUACGUCUGCCAGUUCUGUAACGGGGGAUAUAUUUCUCGGGGAUCUCUCAACUUGCACAUGAAAAUCUGUAAUGGUGUCGCCACCUAA